ACAAACCAGACUUCCAGACACAUUAAAUAGUAUUUAAUUCAACGAAACUUGAAUUUCACGGGCAAGUUGCGACAAUAUUUCUACUCCAUUGCCCUUGUGAACUUAUCUUUGCAUGGAUCACCUACUUUGUGUUCGAUUCAUUCAAGAAAAAGAUUAUAAGAUAUCUGAACCGUGAUUUGUGGAAAUUCUUCAAAUAUUGUCAGGAACUUUUAAAAGUCUUUGACAGUCUUUUUUACCUAUGUGCUAGUGGUUACGUCAUACCCUUCCACUCCCCCUAGAGUCGACUCGUCCUGAGAUCACACGUGCUCUCGAAAAUAUUGCAGUUAACAUUUGACAGUUGGUGAUAGGGGUGCUACGCUAUAAGCAUGUGCGAUUAGCACGGUGUUGUGAACAAAAUACCCCGUAAGACAGAUAUGUUUUGUGAUUAAAAAAAAUAUUUACCAUCAGCUAUCAUCUUUCCAACGGACACCAACACAGAUCAAGAUUCGCCAAAAAAUUAGAAGUGAAAAAUUAUUUCCUUGGAUGAUUUAUAUUAGAAGCACCGUCACCAGUGGAUAAGCGGUCCAGCCUCUGAAUGGUUUUUAAAUCAGUCUGACUUUUUAUUUGGGAUCCUUUAUUUUACGAUGUGGUAUGGGAAUAUAUUGGGGUUGAUUUUAACCCAAAGUAUAUUUUUACUUGCACCGGUGCGAGGACAAUUUGAGUCAGAUGCUAACAUAGAUUUACUGGGAGCCAUUGGAGUCCCAGGUGCAAGGAGGGGGGUCAGCUACGCCAGUGGAGUGGAUGGCUACCCAGCCUUUGAAAUAAAAGAAGAUGCUGUCAUUAAAGAGCCUGCUCAAGCAUUUUUCAAAAAACAAAUUUUUAAAGACUUUGCAGUUGGCAUAACUAUAAAACCAUACAAAAGAACUGGUGGAUUUUUAUUCGCAGUGAAAAAUCUUUAUAACACUAUAGUACAAUUUGGUAUAGAAUUGACUCCGAACAAAUUAAUUUUAUACUAUACUGCAAAUGUUCGAUUUGCACCAUCUUCUAAUCAGUUAGUGUCUUUUGACAUUGGAGAUUUUUAUAACAAGUGGACCAGAUUGUCUUUAAAAGUAGAAGGUGAUACAGUGACGUUAUAUAAAAAUUGUGCCAAAGUGGAAACUAAAACGGUAACGGGGAAAAACGGACCGUUAGAUGUAGAAGAUGGAGCUAAAGUGUAUAUCGCCCAAGGUGGAGAAAAUUUCGGCAAUAAAUAUACAGGAGUCAUUCAGGAGCUGAAGAUUUACGCUGAUCCAGCAGAGGCAGAGAACUUUGAUUGUGAAGACCAGUUAUACGGUAGUGGAUCUUCAGGUUCAGGGACAACAGAUGCACCAGAAAUUAUCCCACCUAUCAUAACUCCUCCUCCACCUUCAAUUGUCAAGGGAGAAAAGGGUGAGCGUGGAGAACAGGGUUUGAAGGGAGACAAGGGAGAUCAGGGACUACCUGGCAGUGCCGCAGAAGCUGCAGGAGCCGGACCCAAAGGUGAGAAGGGAGAGCCUGGAGUACAAGGACCAAAGGGAGAUAUGAUGGAAAUCGGACUCCCAGGCAGGGAUGGGGAACCAGGCCAAAAGGGCGAACCAGGGGAACCAGGCAAUUCAGGAGUACCAGGAAUUGGUGUACAGGGACCCAAAGGAGAUCCUGGGGCACCUGCUGUCAUCAACAUGAAGGAUAUAACAGAUUACAUUGAGACCCGACUUCCUGGUGCAGGAAGCAAUGGAGAGAAAGGAGAGAAGGGGGAUCAAGGCGAAAAGGGUGAAACUGGUCCCCGAGGGGAUACAGGACUGCCAGGAUUACCUGGUAGCGAUGGCUUGCUGGGACCAAUGGGAGCCAAUGGACUUAAGGGUGAACCAGGAGAUUCUAUAGAAGGACCCCAGGGACCUCCAGGUAAAGAUGGCAUCCCAGGACUGCCCGGUGAGAAGGGAGCACGAGGAGAACAGGGACUGCGGGGUCUCCCUGGCGCCCCAGGAGUCCCGGGAACAGUAGUGGAGGGAUCAGGGGAGGUGGCGGCAGGAGAGCCAGGCCAACCGGGGGCUCCUGGAGCCCCAGGAGAGAAGGGAGAGAGGGGAGAAACUGGACCCCAGGGUCCUAAAGGAGAGCCUGGUACAUUUGAUGGUGACAUCAAAGAUCUCAUUGGACCUGAAGGACCGAGGGGAGAGGCUGGAGACCCUGGACUUCCUGGAAUGCCAGGACCAUCUGGAAUACCAGGAAAAGAAGGACCAGCUGGACCACGUGGUCAAAAGGGAGAUAUGGGAGAACCAGGGACAGAUGGACGAGAUGGACUGACUGGACCAGAGGGACCCUCAGGUCCACCAGGUGCUGCUGGACCACGGGGACUGCCAGGAGCCCCUGGAGCCCCAGGGGUACCAGGUGUGCCUGGACUCCAAGGACCCCCGGGAACAUGUUCAUCCUCUCCCAUCCGUGGGGAUAUGACAGGGCUUGGUGAUGAUCUGGAAUUUUCGGGAUCUGGGGACGGAUGUGGUGGAGACUGUACCUGUACUGGGACACCAGGACGAGAUGGAAUCAAUGGCACAAUGGGACCCAGAGGUUUACCUGGUCCCCCAGGAGCCCGAGGAGAGAAAGGAGAGAGGGGACUUCAGGGUCGAGAUGGAAAGGAGGGACCUGCAGGCAAAAGAGGGGAACCAGGUCCCACGGGAGAGCCUGGACGUGUAGGGCCCCAGGGGCCACAGGGUGAGACAGGUGCAAUGGGAUCCCCCGGCUUGCCAGGUGUACCAGGUGAAAUUGGUCUCCCAGGACUAGAGGGACCAAAGGGUGAAAAGGGAGAUCAGGGUGUUGGAGUUGCAGGUAAAGAUGGAAAAGAUGGGGCACAGGGACCCCCCGGGCCUCCUGGACCCCCAGGGCCCCCUGGACCAGCCAUCAGUGUGGUGGAGCCAGGGUCAGGUGGAGUAGAAGGUGGGGAUGGAUCACCUGGUCAAAAGGGAGAGAAGGGUGACACAGGUCUCCAGGGAGCCCCAGGCACACCAGGAUUACCAGGUGACGACGGAGAGAAGGGGGACAAAGGGGAUCAGGGAGAAAAGGGGUCUGUGGGAGACACUGGAAUUCAAGGACUUACUGGUGCCAAGGGUGAGAGAGGUGAAACUGGACCUGUUGGACCAGCUGGGCCCCCUGGCUUACCCGGAGAUGGGGGAAGUGGAAAGCCUCUGGUGGGUCUGAAAGGAGAACCAGGGGUGCCUGGACAACCAGGCUUGCCAGGACCAAUAGGACCGCGUGGUCUACCAGGCCGUAAAGGAGACAUUGGAAUGCCAGGAAUACCAGGUCGUAGAGGAUUCCGAGGCAGGAAAGGUGACCGUGGAUUUGGACCUCGAGGAUUCAAGGGAGAUAAAGGAGAUGCAGGACCUCCAGGUCCCCCUGGACUUGGUUUGGGCCCAAGUGGAGAAAUCAUUCGUGGAGCCAAGGGAGAUCGUGGAGAGAGAGGUUUACCAGGCAUUCCUGGAACAGGAGCACCAGGAGAAAGAGGUUAUCCUGGACAACCAGGCCCCAGAGGUUUACCUGGACUACCGGGCCAGAAGGGUGACAAAGGUGAUGAAGGAAGAAAGGGAGAGCCUUCAUAUAUCCAGGGACCACCUGGCCCCCCUGGGCGCCCUGGAACUGGUGGAAAUGGGAACGGUGGCGGGCUUUUGACAUUUAAAGACUUUAACAACAUGCUGUAUGCAGCAAGGAAUCUUCCCAUUGGUACCAUGACUUUUACCCUAAAAGAGGAAGAAGUUUAUGUCAGAGUGACAGAGGGAUUUAAACAGUUGCAGGGACGAUUGAUCAGGAUGAGCUCCAACAUAAUCAGACUUCCUGCAGAAAAGCCUGCUUCUACACCCAAGCCUAUUCCACUUCCUGGACCUGACAGUGUAAUGCAGGCAGAUCAACCCAGGUUGUACAUGUACGCCCUGAAUGCUCCCAAAUCGGGAAAACUACGGGGCUUGACGGGAGCUGACUAUGCUUGUUACAAGGAGGCUUACUACUCGGGGAUGCAUGGACGAACCUUUAGGGCCUUCCUGGCUUCCAAGACCCAGAACCUGUAUUCCAUCGUGUCCGACAAAAAUAUUCCUAUUGUCAACAAAAACGAUACAAUAAUCUUCAGUUCUUUCAAUGAACUGCUAAAGACUGGAGGACGAUUUAACAGAAAUGUCAGGAUCUACACAUUUGAUGGAGAGGAUGUAAUGUCAAGUCCAAAAUGGCCAGAGAAGAUGGUAUGGCAUGGUGCUGACAGCAACGGAAACAAGAUGAACGACAAGGAAUGCUCUGAUUGGCGGUCAGACAGUUCCAGUCGUGUAGGCUACGCCGGUUCUCUCCGGGACGGAAAAUUAGUGGACAUGAACGAGGCCAGCUGUAGAAAACAACUCGUUGUGUUGUGUAUUGAGGUUUUACCAAAGACUUUGUACUGUAGUCGAGACUUUUACAAGAUAUUAGGAGUAUCAAAAAAUGCCAAACUCAAUCAGAUUAAGAAAGCCUACAGAACUUUAGCUAAGGAGUUGCAUCCAGACAAAAAUCCGGGUGAUGAGGAAGCCAACAAGAGAUUCCAGGACCUGGGGGCUGCUUACGAAGUUUUAUCUGAUGCAGAGAAAAGAAAGAUUUAUGACAAACAUGGAGAGGAGGGUUUGAGUAAGGGGGAUGUGGGAGGAGAUCCAUUUUCCAGCUUCUUUGGAGAUUUUAGUUUCUUUGGAGGGGGAGGGGGACACAAAGACCGGGAGAUCCCCCGGGGUGGGGAUAUUGUGAUGGAUUUAGAUGUCACACUGGAGGAAUUAUACAGUGGAAACUUUGUAGAGGUUGUUAGAUACAAACCAGUGGCCAAGCCAGCCAAGGGAACCAGGAAGUGUAACUGUCGGACUGAAAUGGUCACGCAACAACUCGGACCUGGACGCUUCCAGAUGACCCAGCAGCAAGUCUGUGAUGAUUGUCCAAAUGUAAAAAUGGUUCCUGAGGAGAAACUUUUGGAAAUUGAGAUAGAACCUGGUAUGAGAGAUGGUCAAGAGUACCCAUUUGUAGCAGAAGGUGAACCUCACAUUGAUGGGGAACCAGGUGACCUAAGAUUUAAAAUAAGACAACAAAAACAUAGAAGAUUUGAGAGAAAGGGAGACGACUUGUAUACAAAUGUAACCAUCACUCUCAAAGAUGCCCUUAUAGGAUUUGAAAUGGACAUUAAGCAUUUAGAUGGUCAUUUGGUACAUGUUGUUCGAGAUAAAAUAACAUGGCCCGGAGCCCGCAUGAGGAAGGCAGGAGAGGGUAUGCCAAACUAUGAGAACAACAAUGUGAAAGGACAGCUAUUUAUAACAUUUGAUAUAGAGUUUCCCAAAGGCACCCUCACAGAGGAGGAUAAAGAAGCUUUAAUUAAGAUUUUAAAACAAGAUUCCAAGCAAGUAGUAUACAAUGGACUUCAAGCCAGUAUGUUCGCAUGAUGAAAGUGCAAUGUAGGAUGCCAUUAUUGUAUUGUUAAAAAACAAGUCAUAUUUUUGUUAUAUUCAACGAAAAUGGGAUGUCCAUGUUUUUGAAUGCUGUGUAGUGACCACACUAUGUUUUUCUGUCUACAAAUUUAAAGAUAAUUAUUUUGUUAUCGUAAAUUCCUGUUGCAUGUCCUUAUUUUUCUAUAAGUAUUCCUAAUUUAAAAGGUGCAAAUUAUGAAGUGUUAUUUCUAUGGUUGAAACCAUUUUGAACCAUAAUACAGUAUAUUUAAAAUGAUGAAGUUGGUAAAAUUGAUUGUUACAGAAUUUUUGUUUUUAUUUACAAUCUAGUUUUUAUUCAGACAACAAACUCAUUAUAAUUUUAUACGUCGUAUUGAAGCAGGUUCUUUGUUAAAAUAUUCAUAAAUGAGACAAAGAAAUUCCAGAUGACUCAGUUCUUUCCUAAUAUUAUGAUUUUUCUUUUCUUGUUCUAUGUUCUUGAACUACGUAUAUGAGAAAUUUUUUUCAAAAGCAAGUUUGUCACAAGAGAUUAAUUUUUUCUUAACUUAACAAUCAAAACUAUGAUUUAAUAAUUUUAUACUAUGUUUUUUUUUCUGUAUCACAAAAAAGAUCAAAUUUGACCUGUCUUCUCCUUAAUUUCUGAGUAUUAUAGAAUAUUUUCUUGUGUGUGUGAAUGCAGUGAUGUGAAGUUAGUCUUGGGAAUGAAUGUGUUACUGGUUAAACAUUUACGGUAUUUUUUAAUAGUUCACGAAACUUACUCAGGGGGCACAACACUCAUUGAUCUGAUUUUUGAACAUUUCUUAGGAAAGUAAAUUUAAACCAAUACCCAACUACUGUGGCUGCAGUACUGGAUAUGGGUUAUAUCAAUGUGAAUUUUGACAAUAUUAACAAUUAUUUGAAAUAUGAAAAUGUCUGUUAUACAUGUAGAAGGGAAGUGGUAAUUUACUUAUUAAUGCUUGCUUCAUUGAAUAAAUGGAAUAAGACGGCACAAAAAUUGUUUGCCAUCUAUUUUGCUGCAUGCUCCAUUGCAAUUUCCCUUGUAUACAGUGUACAUGUACAGUUUCAAGUUAAAUUUAUAGAAUAAGAUGUUGACAGAUUGUUCACUUUCCAGAAAGGGUAAGCUACAUACCUUUUUAAUACUUUUAUUACAAACUUCUUACUUCCAUAAUAAAAAUAGUUACUGUUGUUUCCAUCAUUCAGUACACCAGAAAAAUCCAUUUAUUUAAUGCGUGCAUGCAUUUGCAAAGAAAACUAAAUUUUAAUUUAUAUAACAAUUUUCGGUAAGCUACAUACCUUUUUAAUACUUUUAUUACAAACUUCUUACUUCCAUAAUAUGAAUAGUUACUGUUGUUUCCAUCAUUCAGUACACCAGAAAAAUCCAUUUAUUUAAUGUGUGCAUGCAUUUGGAAAGAAAACUAAAUUUUAACUUAUAUAACAAUUUUGUAAACUAUACAUGUAUAUGGCGUAUUAGAAUUUUCUUUGUAAAGUUAAUUCUACCAAUCAUUUCAACUUCAUGACAUCAUAACUUCAUGAGUGUGUAUGUACUUACUUAAUACAAAGUUACGUAUAAUGUAAGUAGUGGUGUGAUUGUGUGAGCUACAACAGUUGUUUCCCUUUGUUGAACUGUCGUAUGCAGGAAGACUCCUUUUAUUGGUGGAUACAUUCUGAGAAUAAGAAAUCUCUGUGUUGUAUUUAUAAGGCUUAUACAAUAAAAUGAGGAUCUCUUAA